UUUUUUUCUUCUUUUCUUUCUUUCUAUUUUCUUUUUUAUAAAAUGGGAUGCUGUCAGUCUCGACCAAUAGAUAAUCAUCAUGUACAAGUAUCAAACACACCUCAAGUUACAACAAAUACACAGUCAGUACCCUCUAUCGUGAUCACGAAAACACACUCAACGGAACUGCCAUUACCUCCUCCUUCUUCAUCAACAAACCCUGUUACAACACAAGAAACCGACAAGAGAAAAAUAUCAUUAGAACAAGAACAGAGUUCAGAGAAACCUCCAGUUGAUGAUAGAGAAGAGAAGGCCACACCACCUCCUGUUUUUAAUGAUUUAUUGUCACACAAAAAAGCCACGGAGCAAGACGUUAAAGCAUCCGAGAAUCAUCACGCUCCAGUGGAAGAGGCGACAAAUGAAUGGCCUAUUUUAAUUCGACGCUCUAAUUCAUCACUGAAAGACACUUUGAUCCAAAUUCCUGUUUCUGAGCCAUUCAUGACAGUCUCCGAUUUGAAAGGAAAAAUUGACAUUGAUGAUGACCAGCAAAUCAAAUUGAUCCAUUUAGGCCGUAUUUUGCAAGAUCAUUUUAUACUGAUUCCAUCUUCUGUUGAUCCUCUAGAAAAAAAGAAUACAAUUAAAGUCUCUCACCGUGGCGUCAUUCAAGCCAUGAUCUACAGAAAUUAAACAACAAAAACAACAACAAAAAAUUACCCGAUUUUGAAUGUUUAAGCUAACGAA